AUGUCCCUUGCCGAUGCGAUAGCACUAUCACCAAGGGAUAACGUGGCCUCCGAUGAGGCACAAUCGACUCGUGAGAUAGCAGACAGCGACAGUGUGGUCGUGGAGGUCCCCAGAAAGGCUGCUCAAGUGAGGAUAUCCGUCUCGAAGGCACAG